AUGUCGACGACUACUACUACAACCACCACCGUACCCUCCGGUCGCGUUUUCUCGCACGGCACCGAUGUGCAUUAUGGCGACUUCCGCGACGACCUGCUGAAGAACGGUUUUGCGGUCGUCAAGGGUGCCGUUCCCCGUGACCGUGCGCUCAAGUAUGCAGACGAGAUCUAUGAGUGGCUCGAAGGAUUUAACCUUGGCUUUGAUCGACAUGAUCCCAAGACCAUACACAAAGACCAUCUCCCCGACAUCAACGAGAAGGGGAUGUGCCUGGGCUACGCGGUCUCCCAUGAGUCCUUCACCUGGGCUGUGCGUCAGGAGCCCGGCGUCGUCGGCGCGUUUGAGAAGGUCUAUGAUAGCGAAGACCUGAUUGUCUCGUUCGACUCGGUCAAUAUCGGUUUCCCAAACAGGACAGAUGUCAAGCCGAAUACCCCUUGGCCGCAUCAGGAUCAGGACCCUGCAAAGCCUGGAUUCAGAUGCCUCCAGGGCUUGGUGAACCUGCUUCCGAACGGGCCAGAUGACGGCGGUUUGAUUGUUUGCAAGGGGGCGCAUUUGCUCAGUGAGGAGUUCCACGAGGUGUUCAAGGAUGAGAAGAGGAUCUGGUCUUGGACCAAAGAGUGGUAUGGGUUCACUGAUGCCGGGAUGCAGUGGCUCAAGGACAGAGGCUGCGAAUGGAUCAAGCUUACUGCUGAGCCUGGUGACCUGCUGCUCUGGGACUCACGAACGCCACACUAUAAUCUCUCGUCCAAGACCUCGCAGCCGCGGUUCGCAGUGUACACCUGCUACAUGCCGGUGGAAGAUGCUACCGAGGAGCAACUGCUCACCAAGAAGAUGGCUUUCGAAGAAACCAAAAUGACCACUCACUGGCCGAAUGCCAUGCACGUUGUCGACUUGCCCGUCCAUCGAAACGGGGAGUUGGACCCGUACAACAGGAAGAAGCCGCGCAAGCCGGUGCAGCUGACGGAGAGAGGGUUCAGGCUGACGGGGAUCCCGUAUCUGAAGGCCAGUGCGUAG